AUGCCAGAAGAGAUGGACAAGCCACUGAUCAGCCUCCACCUGGUGGACAGCGAUAGUAGCCUUGCCAAGGUCCCCGAUGAGGCCCCCAAAGUGGGCAUCCUGGGUAGCGGGGACUUUGCCCGCUCCCUGGCCACACGCCUGGUGGGCUCUGGCUUCAAAGUGGUGGUGGGGAGCCGCAACCCCAAACGCACAGCCGGGCUGUUCCCCUCAGCGGCCCAAGUGACUUUCCAGGAGGAGGCAGUGAGCUCCCCGGAGGUCAUCUUUGUGGCUGUGUUCCGGGAGCACUACUCUUCACUGUGCAGUCUCAGUGACCAGCUGGCGGGCAAGAUCCUGGUGGAUGUGAGCAACCCUACAGAGCAAGAGCACCUUCAGCAUCGUGAGUCCAAUGCUGAGUACCUGGCCUCCCUCUUCCCCACUUGCACAGUGGUCAAGGCCUUCAAUGUCAUCUCUGCCUGGACCCUGCAGGCUGGCCCAAGGGAUGGUAACAGGCAGGUGCCCAUCUGCAGUGACCAGCCAGAAGCCAAGCGUGCUGUCUCGGAGAUGGCGCUCGCCAUGGGCUUCAUGCCCGUGGACAUGGGAUCCCUGGCGUCAGCCCGGGAGGUGGAGGCCAUGCCCCUGCGCCUCCUCCCGGCCUGGAAGGUGCCCACCCUGCUGGCCCUGGGGCUCUUCGUCUGUUUCUAUGCCUACAACUUCAUCCGGGACGUUCUGCAGCCCUAUGUGCAGGAAAGCCAGAACAAGUUCUUCAAGCUGCCCGUGUCCGUGGUCAACACCACACUACCGUGCGUGGCCUACGUGCUGCUGUCACUCGUGUACUUGCCCGGCGUGCUGGCGGCUGCCCUGCAGCUGCGGCGCGGCACCAAGUACCAGCGCUUCCCCGACUGGCUGGACCACUGGCUACAGCACCGCAAGCAGAUCGGGCUGCUCAGCUUCUUCUGCGCCGCCCUGCACGCCCUCUACAGCUUCUGCUUGCCGCUGCGCCGCGCCCACCGCUACGACCUGGUCAACCUGGCAGUCAAGCAGGUCUUGGCCAACAAGAGCCACCUCUGGGUGGAGGAGGAGGUCUGGCGGAUGGAGAUCUACCUCUCCCUGGGAGUGCUGGCCCUCGGCACGUUGUCCCUGCUGGCCGUGACCUCACUGCCGUCCAUUGCAAACUCGCUCAACUGGAGGGAGUUCAGCUUCGUUCAGUGUGUGGCAACUUCCAGUGCAGGAAACACAGGCAGUGGAACCCGAAGACCUGAAUCUCAGUCCCAAGACCCCCACUUACCUGCCCUGCAUCAUCAGACAAGUUUCCUAGGCCCUCGGAGCUUCUGCUGCUCGCUUGUGCCUGUGUCCACCCCAUAUGGUCAUCAAGAGGAUUUGAGCUGGACACGUUAAAUGCAGGAUGCGUGCAGCCAACAGUGGCAUGCUGGCUUUUGAGGUAAGCUGCAACCUUCUCCUUUAAAGUUAGCGUGGCUAGUGAGAAGUUACCUGAGCCCCAUCACCCUCCCCUACACACAUGUCCACAGCAGACACCAGGCUAUGGGGACAGCCGUGGUUCUUGAGGGGCCUUGGCUGACCCCUAGAUCUGUAAUGCUUUUGUUACCGGAAAAGGGUCCCGAUCCAGACCCCAAGACAGGGUUAUUGGACCUCACGCGAGAAAGAAUUCAGGGCCUGUCCAUAGAGUAAAGUGAAAGCAAGUUUAUUAAGAAAGCAAAGGAAUAAAAGAAUGGCUACUCCAUAGUCAGAGCAGUGGCUUGGCUGCUCAGCUGCUUAUACUUAUUGUUACUUCUUGAUUAUAUGCUGAACGAGGGGUGGAUUAUUCAUGAGUUUUCCAGGAAAGGGAUGGCAAUUCCCAGAACUAAGGGUUCCUUACCUUUUUACACCAUAUAGGGUAACUUCCUGACAUUGCCAUGGCAUUUGUAAACUGACAUGGCGCUAGUGGGAGUGUUUUUUAACAUGCGAAUGCAUUAUAAUUAGUGUAUGAUGAGCAACGAGGAUGACCAGAGGUCACUCUCGUUGCCAUGUUGGUUUUGGUGCUUUUGGCUGGCUUCUUUACCGCAAGCUGUUUUAUCAGCAAGGUAUUUAUGACCCGUAUCCUGAGCCGACCUCCUAUGUCAUCCCGUGACUAGCAACGUUUAACCUCCUGGGAAUGCAGCCCAGUAGGUCUCAGCCUUAUUUUACCCAGCCCCCCAUUCAAGGUGAAGUCUCUCUGGUUUGAACACCUCAGACACUUUGUUUAGCUAAAAACCAUUGAAACAGUGUAUUGAUUCCACAAAGAGGUGACUUGCGCUUGCAUUUAUCCUUUCAUUCCCAAAUCUGUUUUCAAAGUUUUACAUGUUGUUUUGUGUUCCUUUGGGUAUAUUUUUUUUUUUUUUUUUUUUUUUUUUUUUUGAGACAGAGUCUCACUCCGUCACCCAGGCUGGAGUGCGGUGACACAAUCUCAGCUCACUGCAACCUCUGCCUCCCGGGUUCAUGCCAUUCUCCUGCCUCAGCCUCCCGAGUAGCUGGGACUACAGGCACACGCCAUCACGCCUGGGUAAUUUUUUUUUUUUUUUUUUUUUUGUAUUUUUAGUAGAGAUGGGGUUUCACCUUGUUAGGCAGGAUGGUCUCAAUCUCCUGACCUCAUGAUCCGCCCGCCUCGGCCUUCCAAAGUGCUGGGAUUACAGGCGUGAACCACCGCACCCAGCCUUCCUUUGGGUAUUUUUUUGUUAUUGUUUUGGUUUGGUUAGGGUUGUGCUACGUAUUUCAAUUCAGCCAGUUAAACAUUGUUAGAUAUUAGACUGCAAAAUACUCCAGUCAGAGCAGCUCACCUGCACAGAAAAAUGAGGGUUCAGCUUUUAGAACCUAAGUUCUUUCCCAGAGUUAGAGGAACUGCCUGUGACCUUGCCCACUCCAGCCACCUGCCUGAAAUAAUGACAAGACCAGCCUGACCCUAGCUUCGUGAGCGAUUGUCCAAAGCCCGUUUGUGCCAUAGUAAUUGAGCACCAGCAGGAGCUACAACGACCUAGCUGUUUCUUUUUUGCUAACAAGCUUACGUAUAAUAAAAAUGGCUCUAGCUUGGGGAUCUUAUUAAUCGUCUCAUGACAAUCCCUCUCCUUUUGGGCUUCUUUGGGUUCUGGGAUUUUUAAAUUGUUCCCAAGGACAGUUUUCGGGAAACAAACUCCCUGGAAUCAUGCAGUCUUCCCACUGGGACAGGAAAGUCAAAGGCCCUUUGUUAUUGGCUGGCCUUUGGCUGUCAGCCCUUGGUAUGAACCACUAGCCUGAGGCUGGAGCUUCCUGCUGUCUGCACCAUGGGAUUUUGAAUGGCACAAGCAUGAGGCUAUAUGAACAGGAGGAGCUGACUGCCACUGGUGGGCCUGGGAGCAGCGUCUCCACACUGUUCCUGUGCAGAGCCCAGAGUGCCCAGCAAAAUUCAUCAUUCUCCAGAUCAGGGGCUGGGGACAGUGGCCCACACAGACCAAACACUGGAACUACAGGGCAUGUCACCCGAGGGAGAUGCAAAGACCUCACUGGGGCUACUAAGGCUGGCUUUCCAGGCCUGGAUGGGCUCCCAUUGCUGCACCUUCCGGGAAAGCCCACAACACAGAGGUGGGCGCCAAAAGGCUCUCAGUGGGGCUUUGUCUAAGGAACAGAUAGGUCUAGGUCUUCCUCAGGCAAGUGACCUGAGCAGAGGGGCCCGUGUGGACUUUUCACCCUGAAGCUAGAAGGGUGUGGUGACGACAGCCCCCUAAAUGAGUGGCUUUAGUCCUAGCUGCCCAUCAGCCUCAUCCGCCGAACCUUAAAAAACAACAGAUGCCCCGCCCCAAACCAACUUAGUCUGAAUUUCUGGAAGUGGGGUUUGGGCACUAGUAUUUUACCCAAGCUCCCCGGGUGAUUCUAAUGUGUAGCAAGGUUUGAAAACCACAGUCUGAAGGCCACAGACUGUUAAACUCUUGGGGAUAAAGGGCAUCACCCAGCCAUCUUGGCAACACCAAUAAGUCCACAAUGAGGAGGGGUGGGAGGGCCCACAGUUAGCUAGGGCUGGGCACCUGGCUGGGGAACAUCAGGCUGAUUGACUUCAAGACUUACUCUUUUUUUUUUUUUCUU